AUGGCUGCCAAGCCCCCUGCGUUGCGCCUGCAGCCGCCAGGGAGCACCAGGGACAGCCUGCCAGUGCCGCGCCUGCUCGGAGGCUGCGUGCCGCUGUCGCAUCAGGUGGCUGGCCACAUGUAUGGCAAGGACAAAGUGGGCAUACUCCAACACCCAGAUGGCACAGUUCUGAAACAGCUACAGCCGCCGCCCCGGGGCCCGAGAGAGCUGGAAUUUUAUACCAUGUUUUACACUGCUGACUGUGCUGAUGCUGAUCUCCUGGAGCUGCGAAAACACUUGCCCAAGUACUACGGCGUCUGGUCCCCUCCCACCGCACCAAACGAUGUAUACCUAAAACUGGAAGAUGUGACUCAUAAGUUUAAUAAGCCCUGUAUAAUGGAUAUGAAGAUAGGGCGGAAGAGCUAUGACCCCUUUGCCUCGUCAGAGAAAAUCCAGCAGCAGGUCAGCAAGUAACCUCUGAUGGAGGAGAUCGGGUUCCUGGUGCUCGGCAUGAGGGUUUAUGAUGUUCAUUCUGACAGCUAUGAGACACGAAACCAGCACUAUGGAAGAAGCUUAACAAAAGAGACGCUAAAGGAAGGUGUCUCCAAGUUUUUCCACAAUGGCUUCUGUCUAAGAAAAGACGCAGUUGCUGCCAGUAUUCAGAAGGUUGAGAAGAUUCUCCAAUGGUUUGAAAAUCAGAAGCAGCUUAACUUUUACGCCAGCUCAUUACUGUUACUUUACGAAGGUUCAUCUCAGCCAGCAAAAUCAAACGAUAGAACUUUGGCGGGGAAGUUUCUCUCCAAAGGCCACCUGUCGGACGCAGACGUACUGGAGUGCAAUAACAACUUUCACCUGUUCAGCUCCCCGGCCAAUGGGACAUCAGUAGGCAAAAGCUUAUCCAAGGUGUACGCCAGGCACAGAAAGCUGUACUCAAAAAAGCACCACAGUCAGACUUCAUUGAAAGUGGAAACUCUGGAGCAAGACAACGGGUGGAAAAGCAUGUCCCAGGAACACUUAAACGGAAACGUACUCUCCCAACUGGAAAAGGUGUUCUAUCACCUUCCUGCCACAGGGCGCCAGGAGAUCACAGAUGUGGAAGUGCGGAUGAUAGACUUCCCUAGCAACACAGUUGAUGAGGGGUAUGUUUACGGUCUGAAGCAUCUAGUUGCUGUCCUUCGGAGUAUUUUAGACAGUUGAGUCUCGCUGCAGUCUGUGAAGGAGUGGGCCGAUCACCGCGGAGAGCCGCAGGCAUCAGCAGGGCCCCUGUAAUGAUGCUCUGUAAA